ACUUUCUCAAUGAAUUCUUCCUGAUAGCCACCGCAACUAUAAAAAGACAAGAUCCGCAUUCGGUGCCCUCAGAAAACUCGAGGAACCUUGAGCUGCAUCAGGAGAAGAAUCAUUGUGGAGAACCCAUUUCAGCGCAUUGAGCAAGAUGCCAGAGAAAGUUAGCCAGCACAUGGAGGAGGAGGUGGAGACUUUUGCCUUUCAGGCAGAGAUCGCCCAGCUGAUGUCCCUGAUCAUCAACACCUUUUACUCCAACAAAGAGAUCUUCCUUCGAGAGCUCAUCUCUAAUUCCUCAGAUGCUCUGGACAAGAUAAGAUAUGAGAGCCUGACCGACCCCAGCAAACUUGAGUCUAAUAAGCAGAUGAAGAUCGAUGUAAUUCCCGAUCUGGUCAACCGCACCCUGACUCUCACUGAUACUGGUAUUGGGAUGACCAAGGCUGACCUGAUCAACAACCUGGGCACCAUUGCUAAGUCCGGCACCAAGGCCUUCAUGGAGGCUCUGCAGGCCGGUGCAGACAUCUCCAUGAUUGGUCAGUUCGGCGUGGGUUUCUACUCCGCCUACCUGGUGGCCGAGCGGGUGACCGUCAUCACCAAACACAACGAUGACGAGCAGUAUGUGUGGGAGUCUGCAGCUGGUGGCUCUUUCACCGUUAAACCCGACACUGGCGAGUCUAUUGGUCGUGGCACAAAAGUCAUCCUGCACCUCAAGGAGGACCAGUCGGAGUAUGUUGAGGAGAAACGAAUCAAAGAGGUUGUGAAGAAACACUCCCAGUUUAUCGGCUACCCCAUCACCCUCUAUGUGGAGAAACAGCGGGAGAAGGAGGUUGACUUAGAAGAAGGGGAGAAAGAAGAGGAGGCGGAGAAGGAUGCAGCGACCGCAGACAAGGACAAGCCCCAGAUUGAGGAUGUGGGAUCUGACGAGGAUGAGGACACAAAAGAGAACAAAAACAAAAGGAAGAAGAAGGUCAAGGAGAAGUACAUUGACGCCCAGGAGCUGAACAAAACCAAGCCUAUCUGGACCCGCAACCCCGAUGACAUUACCAAUGCGGAGUACGGCGAGUUCUACAAGAGUCUCACCAAUGACUGGGAGGACCACCUGGCUGUGAAGCACUUUUCUGUGGAGGGCCAGUUGGAGUUCCGUGCAUUGCUCUUUGUUCCCAGGAGGGCCUCCUUUGACCUGUUUGAGAGCAAGAAGAGAAGGAACAACAUAAAGCUCUAUGUGCGCAGAGUCUUCAUUAUGGACAAUUGCGAGGAGCUGAUGCCUGAAUAUUUGAACUUUAUCAAGGGUGUGGUAGACUCUGAGGACCUUCCCCUGAACAUCUCCCGAGAGAUGCUGCAGCAGAGCAAGAUCCUGAAGGUGAUCCGUAAAAACCUGGUGAAGAAAUGCAUGGAACUCUUCACUGAACUGUCUGAGGACAAGGACAACUACAAGAAGUACUAUGAGCAGUUCUCCAAGAACAUCAAGCUGGGCAUUCACGAGGACUCUCAGAAUCGUAAAAAGCUAUCAGAACUUCUCCGCUACUACACUUCCUCUUCUUCAGAUGAAAUGGUUUCUCUGAAGGACUAUGUUUCUCGAAUGAAGGACAACCAGAAACACAUCUACUACAUAACCGGAGAGACAAAGGAGCAGGUGGCCAACUCAGCCUUUGUGGAGCGUCUGAGGAAAGCAGGCUUGGAGGUGAUAUACAUGAUCGAGCCCAUCGAUGAAUACUGCGUCCAGCAGCUGAAGGAGUUUGAUGGGAAGAACCUGGUGUCUGUGACUAAAGAAGGCUUGGAGCUUCCUGAGGAUGAUGAAGAGAAGAAAAGGCAAGAUGAGCUUAAGACUAAGUUCGAGAACCUGUGCAAGAUCAUGAAGGACAUCCUAGACAAGAAGAUUGAGAAGGUCACAGUCUCAAAUCGCUUGGUUUCCUCUCCCUGCUGCAUUGUGACCAGCACCUAUGGCUGGACAGCCAACAUGGAGAGGAUUAUGAAGUCUCAAGCACUCAGAGAUAAUUCCACCAUGGGCUAUAUGACUGCCAAGAAGCACUUGGAGAUCAACCCCCAACAUCCCAUCGUGGAGAUGCUCAGGGUGAAGGCAGAAGCUGACAAGAAUGACAAAGCAGUUAAGGACCUUGUCAUCCUGCUAUUUGAAACUGCUCUGCUGUCCUCUGGUUUCACGUUGGAAGACCCCCAGACACAUGCUAACCGCAUCUACAGGAUGAUUAAGCUUGGCCUGGGAAUUGAUGAUGAUGAUGCAGUUGUGGAGGACAUUAUCCAGCCCACUGAAGAUGACAUGCCAAUUUUGGAGGGUGAUGAUGACACAUCACGAAUGGAAGAAGUUGAUUGAAAGCACCUUUAAUGUUUUGUUUUUUUAUAUAGUUUUUUUUAGGACAUUUUUUUCUGUCAACCCCAAAAGGACUAAUACAGAUAAUGUGGAGAUAAUUGUUUUAUCAUAUUUGUUGCCUUUGCGCCUGUGUUCAAAUAUGUUGCUGUUUUACCCCUCAGCAACUUUGCGACAUAAGAUGCCAGAAGCAAUAAAUUGCAACUUUGAUAGAGAAGUGACUUGUUUGUGACAAGACUUUUAUAAAUUGUGAAUCAUUUUCUAAAUAUGUUAUAAAUAUUUCUAAUAAAUUUCUCAUUUAAAUAGUUUUAAAA